UACCUCGUCUCGGUGGCUGGCUGCAGCCGCGCGUCUCGGAUGCUGGGGGCUGGGAGCCGCUGCAAGUGUUAGCUCGGUUUGGGUCCUCGCGCGCGAUGGAGGCCGGGUGCUGGGUGCUCGGCGGCGAAUUUGAGGACUCAGUGUUCGAGCAGAGGCCGGAGCGGCGGCCCGAGCCGCCCGCGCCCUACGGCGCCAAGCUGUGCGAGCCACAGUGGUUUUAUGGAGAGACGGAAAGUACUGAGGAUACUGAAGUUCUCACUCUCAAGAAAUUCAGAGGGGACUUGGCCUACCGACGACAGGAAUACGAGAAAGCGCUGCGGGAAUACUCCGGGAUCUCUGAACAGUUGCCGUCUACCAAUGUUGCCAUGAAAAGGGAUGUCCAAGAAGGCCAGGCCCGGUGUCUGGCUCACCUGGGGAGACACGAGGAAGCCCUGGAGAUUGCAGCAGACUUGGAGAAUAAAGCAACCAACACGGACCAUCUAACCACGGUGCUCUACCUCUACUUGGCUAUUUUUUCAAGUUUUCAGAGCUUGGAGAAGACAAUUCUGUGCUUGCAAAAACUGAUUUCCCUUCAUCCUCUGAACCCUUGGAGCUGGUGGAAAUUGGCAGAGGCAUACCUGAGUCCAGGGCCAGGCCUGUGUACGUCAUCUCGGGGACAGACGAGUGUCACCUCAAGAAACCAAGCUGUCAGUUCCUCAGGUGUGCACUCUGGCACAGGCCGCCUUCUGUAUUUCCCAGCAACCUUGCCUGAGAGUGCAGUGCUUUCCAUGGAGGCAAGUGGUUGUAACAUCCAGAAGGCUGAGGAGGCUCCACAGAAGAUGCAGAACUGUCUAGCAGAAUGGAGAGAAGCCCCAGGGCUGGAGGCUCGGAUGAAGGCAUGUGCCUCUCUGGUUCGCACCAGGCUUUUGCUUCAGCUCACCCAGCCUCAGCAAACCUCAUUUGCCUUGGAGAGGAACUUGAGGACUCAGCAGGAAGUUGGGGAGCGUGUGAAGGAGCUGCGCUUCCCUGAAGGUGCCGUGCUGUUGAUGGAGGAGGCUAUGGGGGAAGACAUUGUCCCAGAGAAAAUCAAAGAUGAAGUGCAUUCAGAGGUGAAGUGUGUUGGCCCCGCAGCCCUGGCCGCCUUGGUGAUCGCAUCCUCCGAAGAAUUUGAAGACAAGUGGUUCAGAAAGAUCAAAGACCAUUUCUGUUCCUUGGAAAAUCAGUUCCACGUGGAGAUACAGAUCACAGCUUAGAAAAGCACGUCAAGACCCAAACAUCUUGUGCUGUGUUGUCCUUGUUUACUUUAGGCAAGGUCUGUGUAAUCAUGGAAAACUGAAAUGAAGAUGAUUCUUUAUACUGUUUAUAAAAACUUCUCUCCCAGGUUA